AUGUCUGCUACUACUACUACUACAGCAGCAGCAGCUCGGCUGGAGGUGGAGAGGAAGAUAGCCCUUGGGUCGUCGGCUGAGUUGGCCCGGUUUCUGUCCGCUAUUGGGCCCCCUGUCCGCCGAGUUGUACUGCACGAUACGUAUUGGGAUGAUAGGAAAAUGACGCUGGUCAGUGACACGUCUGGAAAGGCCGGCACAGAAAUUGGGAGGUAUGACGUGUCCAAAUACUUAGGCAAGACCAAUGGUUACGACUCCAUACCUGCUAUCUCUAGGGGCUCUCAUAGUGGGUCGUCGUCGACUUACAACGAGGUAGAGGGAGAGGCUAGUGUUAAACAGUUUCUAUUCCCAUCUGGUGAAGGCACUCUGCGUAGUCUACUAGAGGAAGACGGUUUUAAAGUUUUUGCGGAGCUCGUCAGCCAUAGGGCGACCUACCACGCUGUGCAGGACGGCCGCGCAAUCAACGUGGAUGUAGACUCGGCUACCUUUCCGGACGAUCCUGUUCCUUAUUCCAUAGUAGAGCUGGAGGUCUUGUCUGAGGCCUCUGUGGGAGAUGACGACGGCGAUACGAAGGUUGCUGCUAGUGAGUCUGUUAUUGAUGCUUUUAUGGAGCGUAUGGGGAUAGCAGGGAAGACGGUACGACCUCGCAGCAAGCUCGUCGAGUACCUCGCUCGCCACGAUGAGGAGCGUCUGGUUGAGCUCGCGAAGACUUGUUCGAAGUAUAGAAAGAUAGUAUGCGAGCUCAUGGGGUCCGACUGGGUCGAAGAGCAUGCCCCUGAGGAAGGAGAAGCAUGA